UUUUUUGAAAAUUAAAAAAAUGCAUUUAUACUUAUUCAGCACAUUUUUAAUUGCCUGUUUAGUUUCCUCAGCAUAUUCUCAUUCAGUUACACAGCAGGAUGGCGAUGCUAUACACCUUGAGAAUGUUGACGGUGAAGGGAAAAGCUUUGAGCGACUACUAACUCGAACUAAAAGGAGUAAUGGUCGUUGGACUGCACAACAAGUUAUUGAAUGCAUUUUUGCUAUAUUCCUUCCACCCGUUGCAAUUAUUAUUCACGGAGGACGUGAAUGGGUUUUGCAUUUUAUCAUAAAUAUUGUUUUGACUAUUAUUGGAUGGAUUCCUGGAGUUAUACACGCACUUUGGUAUUGCUUCUUUAGUUGA